AUGAAGACUUUCAAUGCCAUCGCAGCUUCUACCUUCAUCGUGGCUGCCACGAUCGACUUGUCCACAGCGAUGGAAACAUACCUUACAAAACUUCCAAACGGUUCAAAGUUUAAGAUGGCCAUUGGCCACCCCGGUGGGGAUUCAUCGAAAAAAACCAAACUUGCUGACCUUUUCAAACAAGAGGGUUACAAGUGGACCGAAAAGCUGUGCAAAACUGAAUUUGAAGGUGCCUCGAUGACGUACGGUGCAGCUUUCGGCGAUCCGUGCUGCUCGUUUAAGGAAGGCGGUACACCUGACUUCGAAGUGGAGGCUUUCACAGAUAAACCUACGAAGGCUACAGUGUGCGCCACUGACGGAGCAGCUGGGAAAGGUGACAGCGCGGAAACACCUAGUGGCGAUGGCGGUGACGCUACUCAAAUGCCGCCCUCGACCGGAGAUACUCCUGAGACUACUGGUAGCCCGUCUCCGUCUACCCCUCCAUCACCCGCUGGUGGUUGUGCCGCUAAACCCUCUCGCAAGCUGCGCAAGUAA